AGCUAAAUAUUGCAGGAUAUUUUGUUGUGAUUAACAAAUACCUUUGCAACUGAAUAAAUAUUUCAUGUUUAGAUAUAAAAACACAACUCUGUACAAUUUAAUGAAAAUAAAUUAUGUUUACGUCAUUCAUUACGUCGACCAUCUUUUCGUUAUACGUCACUGCGACGAAGCAGACGAACUUUUAGCAAUAUUGUGUGAUGUCACUACGACGAAGAAAACAAAAUAGAAACAUUAUAUAGAAAAACACACUGUAAGUUGUAUACAGUGCCAAUUUUAUUUAUUUCGUUGUAUUUUUACAAUUCCGACGAGGACUGUACGUAUUUCACCGCAACUAUAAUUGACUGCAAUAUGGAAGUACUCGACAACGAAUUCAUGGAUCACCAUUACCCAUCAACAGUUCUCGAAAAUUUGAAAAGCUUAUGGCUUUCAAAAAGAUUAUGUGAUGCAACUUUAGAGGCUGGACCCGUCAAAUUUUACGUCCAUCGUUUGAUCCUGAUUGCAAUGAUUCCAGGGUUGAACAAGCUGCAGAUCUGUACUACAGGAAAGCCUCUUGAAGUGAUUCUCCCAGCAACAAUAAAAGCAGAAGCUUUAAACUCCAUAGUUCACUACCUGUAUACUGGAGCUUUGCAUUUAACCCCACAGAAUGCUUCUUGGGUAGAACAAAUCAUACACCUUUUGGGAUUGGUAAAGCUCUACCCAUUUUGUAAGCAGUAUCAGUGUUAUUUGAAGAGAAAGAAAAUGGUUACCCAGGCAGUUGAGUUAUUCAAGAAUCCUGUUCUUGUGCUAAGUGAAUCUGAGAAGGCAGUGCAGGUUCAUUAUUUGGAGUCUGAGCAACAGCUGGGUUGCCUAAAAGGACAGCUUUCCAUUUCAAACUCCUCAUCAGUUAUAAGAAACAUUUCUGUUGUCAAAAAAGAGGAAUCUGAUGAAAACAUUGAGGGAAUUGAAGCAAAGAAUUCAGAGCUUGCAUUAAAUCAUAGUGAUUUUACUUUAGGAACCUUUCUAGAGUCAUCAUCUAAGGAGAGAUUACAUUUUCAAAUUUGUAACAACACUAAAGAUGGUGAUAUAUAUGAAUCAAACCCCUCAGAAACUACCUCUACUCAAAGACCAUCAUCAGAAACUUCUACAUGCACAGCAUCAGAGACUUGCAUGAUCAAUGAUUUGUUAAACUCUAAUGAGGAAAACAGCAAUGCAUUAGAAAAUAAAACAGUUGGAAAAGGAGCAGCAAUUGCCAGUUUGAAUGAAUCCAAAACUGAAACUUGUGAGAAGGAAUCUAAGAAUGUGAUGCUACAACACAUUAAAUUGGAACCUGUACUAUCAGAUGAUGAGUUGGAAUGUGGUGUUGAUAGGGGCAAUUUUCUGGGUAAGGAUAAGUACAUAGAUGGAAGGCAAGCUGUAGCCACUCAGUUGGAUUGCCAGUUCACAAGACAGAAGUUACACAUAAGCAACCCUGAUCAACUAGGCAAUGCCAAGGCUGAUGGUUUAUCAACUAUGUCUAGAGAAAAAGAUGAUUUUACCAUUUUCUGUCCACUCUGCUUGAUCUAUUUCAAUUCCAGGAAGUCCUACACAGAUCACCAGAGUGUUUGUUUUGAUACCUUUCAUCACAACCAAUUGUUUAGGCUUGAGCAGAAAAUACAUCAGUUUUGCAAUCCAGUUCCCAGAACUAGCAGGGUUCCUUAUCAAAGUAGCACAGGUGGCAGAGUUUUCUCUUUUGUAAGACAAAGGGCCGAGUCUGCCACUAGUUCUUCAACAUAUACAGUACCUGUAUCCCCAGACAGAGAGCAAACUAGUCAUGUUCAACAAAUAGAAGCACAGAUAGAAAACAUCAAUUUUAAAGAAUUGAAAAAUCCAGUGCUUGAAGGAAAUGGCGGAGAGUCAGGAAGGAUUGAAGAUAACCAGAACAUACCAUUCAGUUUGAAUGAGGGUGUCAGUAUCACUCCAGAAAGAAUGGAAGAAAAGUUAAGCACAGGGAGCAAGACGCCUUUGCUCUCAAACUUGUUGAGAGAUGAUUAUGAAGUAAUGGAGGAAAACAGACAAACAGUGAACUGCCAUGAAGUUCUCCAAUUAAAUAAUAUUGAACACACAGUGGAUCACACCCUGGAUGGAGAAAAUAAUGCUGAUGAUCUGAAAUUGAAAAUUACAGAUGUUUGGACUCUAAAAGAUGUCCAGGAACAUUCAGAACUGUUUCCUGGAGACUCUCGGAAAAAAUUAUCAAACAAAGCUGAAGACCAACCUGAAAUCAACAAAAUGGAGGACAGAUGCAAGGAAGCAUCCAAAUUUUUUGCCUUGUAUGAUGUGGAAACAGUAGGAAAUAAGUUAUAUAUCAAAAGAAAAACCACAGUAGGAAGUCAAAAGGGGACACAAACAUGUGAUCAACUCAAAACAGACAAAAUAAGUAAACAAAUGAGAAAGCAAGUCAAUGCUGAAGCAAACGUACACAGGAAUAGUAGCAAUGUAGGAAGGCAAGAAUGGAGAGAAGCUGGUGAUGAAAUGGCCAAUCGUAAUGUUUUACCAGAAAACACUGAAAACAAAAGAAGAGAAUGUUUCAGUUCUGAUGAUAAAUCGUCAGGGAAUGAGAAGAUUGUGAUUACCCAGACUCCCAUUAAGAAAUUGACCAGUAUUAUCACUGCUGUUUCUGAAGGAGAAAACAAACAUCUGUUGAAGAAGAAACAAGGAAAUUAUGAUGAUAUAAAAGCAAGAGGUUCAUCAAGCACAGAAAACAAAUGCAGCAUGCCCUCUAAGAGUAAUAUUAAUAAUGCUUCUAGUAGUCAGAAGGAUAAGCAAACAGAGAGAAAGGUGUAUGAAUUCAGAGAGAGAACAACGAAAGUCAUAAAUCAACAGGUGCAAGAUUAUUUGGGCAUUAGAGAUGAAAAAACUUUAAAUAAAGGUAGACUCGAUCAUCAAAUCCAUCAGACGAUUGUGUGCUCACCAACUGUUAGUAAAGCAGGAGAACUGUUAUGUUCAUCAAAGAACGAAGUUUUGACGAAACAAGGUGAACCUAAACUGUACAAUUUAGUCAAUACAUACAGUUGCAAGGACACCUCUCAGAACGUGGGUCCUCUAAACUAUUACAGGAAAUCUAGUUUACAAGAAAAGAUUGCCAGGAUUCACAGGGAAAAUUGCAUUGUUAUUCCAAAGCAGUGGAAGGAUUGGAAAGAGAAAAAUUCAAAUAAAACGACAAAAGGACAGUUGGAACCAAAAUUGAUGGAAGUUCCACCGAUAGUUUUAAAGAGAGUUCCAAGUGCGACAGAUGACUUAGUGAAUAAAAAUGCAUCAUGCACUUCAGAAGUUUCUCGCCAAUAUGUAGUGCCCUUAAAGAAAAGGAAGCAGUACUAACUUGAAGAUAAAACACAUUUCGUAUUUAUCAUUGCGUAAUAAUGAUUGAAAUCAUAACCCAUUGGAAUAUUAAACCAGAAAAGUUUUAUAUUGCGCAAAUUUAUUCCAACGAGAGUGUAGAUGGACAGUUUGUGUAAUUGUGAAAAACAUUUGAUUGCUUAAAUUCAUGAACAUUAUAUGUUUCAGUAUGGGAUGUGGUAAAAAAUUUCAUUCACUAUUAUUUAUAUGAAUUUAAGUAUACAGGAACCUUGUUAAAAGGAGAGUUACGUUUCUUUUCGAGUUUGUUAGCAAGAUG